AUGUCGAUCGGAACGCAUUCGGGAAAAUUCCACUGCGACGAGAGUUUCGCCGUCUUCAUGCUGCAACAAUUGCCCGAAUUCGAAAAACAUCGUGUAAUUCGAACACGCGACGCGAAACUGCUUGAAACUUGCGAUAUUGUCGUGGAUGUUGGCGGUGUUUUUGAUGAGAAAUCGAAGCGAUUUGAUCAUCAUCAACGCGGGUUUCAGGAGACGAUGCGCAGCCUGGGAAAACUGAAUUUUGACACGAAAUUGAGCAGCGCCGGCUUGAUUUAUGCACAUUAUGGAAAACAAGUCAUUCAGCAGGUUUUUGAGCUGCAAAAUUUGGCUGAAAAUUUAGUUUUUUUCAGAUUUUGGGCGGGAAAAUUGCGCCAACUAUGAUCGAUUUGUUCUACCACCGGCUUUAUGAGAAUUUCGUCGAAGCGAUCGAUGCAAUUGAUAAUGGAAUUGCACAAUAUGACGGGGUUCCCAGGUACCAUGCGCUCCACCGCAAAUAAACACGCAACGCAGACCGCGCCGCGCCACGUGUGUGUUGUGGCGCGACGCGGUCUGCGUUGCGUGUUUAUUUGCGGUGGAGCGCGACCUGAAAUCAAUAUAAUUUCAGAUAUCACUCGCCUGGAAAUCUCUCAGCGCGUGCUGGCCAAUUCAAUCCACACUGGAAUGAGGAAAACGUGGACCCGGAUGAGCGUUUUCAACUCGCCGUGCAAUUUAUUGGCGACGAAUUUGUGCGCAAUGUCAAGUAUUUGGCGAAUGUUUGGUGGCCGGCGAGAGAGAUUAUUGAGAAGGCGGUCGAGAAUCGCGAGCAAGUACGGUUUUGGAGCAUUUUGAGACUAGACACGAUGAUUUUUCGAGCUCUGGAGGGGAAUUUGGAGCAUUUUGAGCCUAAACAAGCCUAUAUUUAGGCUCCGCCCACUUUGCAAAUUUGCCGCAUGGAAUUUGAAGCAUUUUGAUCUCUCAUAAGGCUAUUUUUGAUGCUUCUAGUGAGAUUUGGAGCAUUUUGAGCCCAAACAAGCCUAUAUCUAGGCUCCGCCCACUUUGCAAAGUUGCGGCAUGGUUUUUAGAGAGUCCGAGGGCUCAAAAUGCACCAAAAACCAUGCCGCAAGUUGAAAAACGGGGCGGAGCCUAA